UCCCAUCUGAAGUUGGGCUCGUGUAGUGAAUAAACGUGCGCGCCCCGAAACGCGCAUUUGAUCCAUUUUCAUUCGUUGAUAAUCACGGGGCGAUGGAAAAUUCCAGUAAGCGCGAGGACACUGGUAGACGAGUUGAGGAACCAGUCAAAUUUUACAGUAACAGCUACUUGAAAAGGCACAAUGUCAAUGAGCUGCCGAAAGCUCAACAAAUCGCUACGAGAAGUCAAGCUAAAGCUCCCGACACCGACGAUCGGCAAGUAAAUUCUACCUUUCGUUACGGUCUUCUGCAUGCGAUAUCUGCAGUCGAAACGUACGAUCGAUUACGCGACGACGAAAAUAAUGCCAACAACCAGCCGCCCAAAGUUUUUCUGAUAAGAGGGCAUCUUCCUCAGCUGGCGCGUAUCCUGCAAGAUCGCGGCUGGCUCCAAAUGUUUGAAGAAGCAGAAACCUGCAACACCGCUGCUCAGCCAAAUCUCAUCUGGGAUUGCCACAACGACUUCGUCGAGUGGGAUCUGCACAACAUAGACGACAAAGUUUUGUUGAAUAAAUUUCAGAACCCUGCAGUCUAUACUUCCAAGCUAGGAAUGGCACACAUUCUACAGCAGGAGGCACAUUGGCUCUUCGAAGAAAACGUUGCCGAUAUCAUGUUUCCACGGAGUUAUAACCCUAGUUGCGAGCUCGCAUACUUCGUACGUGAUUUUAAACGGUGCGCUGCCCUCGCGCUGCUCAGGCGAAUUGUAAACAGCGCACAACGACAAGUUGAUGCGGCACCUUUGAUCGCGAGCAUGGACGAGGUUUUGUUCGCCCUAGGGCAUUGCGAAAAGUUCAUCGAGGAAAUCGAGCACAAAGACAUCGAUGAUGAUGCUAACCUAGAAGAAGACUGCACUUUCGACCAAGAGUGGCUCUCUAUCUCACAGAAACUGACGCGCGAGAUUAAAGUUCCGGCUGACGAUCUCGAAAAGUUACAGUUGGCGAUUGAAAAGCUGAAAGAGCGCGAUCCUCAAUUCGAGCUGAACGGUGAGCAAAAUUUGUGGAUCGUUAAACCAAGCGAUUUGUGCUGCGGCUCCGGAAUCUUCAUAACACACGAACUGCACGUCAUAUUGAAUCGAGUCAGAAGUAAACCAAAAGAUUACUACGUGAUUCAAAAGUACAUUGAGCGUCCCCUCCUGAUAAACGGAACCAAGUUCGACAUUCGCCAGUGGUUUCUCGUCACCUCGACGUUCCCAUUAACGAUAUGGUCUUUCAGAGAGGCACUCUUACGAUUCAGCUCCAGGCCGUACACGACAACCACUUAUCACGAGGCGAUUCACCUCUGCAAUACAGCUGUCCAGGAGAAAUAUCACAAUUUAGCUAAAGCUUCAGAGGAAUGGGAUUGCGAGCGACUUAAUGAAUAUCUCAAGUACAAUAACGAUGAUGAACCCUACUGGGACAAGAUAUAUCCAAAGAUGUCGCAAGCUAUCGUGCUGACGAUGCUUGCAGCCCAAGAUUACAUGGAUCGUCGGCCUUGCAGCUUCGAACUGUACGGGGCGGACUUUAUGGUAAUGGAGGAUCUAUCGGUUUGGUUAAUCGAAAUAAAUACCAAUCCGAGGAUGCACCCACCCAGUUCGAAGAUUACCCAGCGUUUGUAUCGCUCCGUAAUGGAGGACCUGAUCAAAAUUGUCGUGGAUCAGCCACCGCCGACGCAGUUGAGGGUUGGAAACUUUGAGCUCAUUUAUAAGCAGAAAAUACCGGAAUCCCCUUCUCACUCGCUGCAGCAACGUUUCUUCGCGUAUGGCAAGUCUCUAUGCAGAACAUGAAAUGAAUACGAUGUGAUUCAAAGACAAUAAUAUUUUUAUUGAUAUGUACAUACAGCAAAUUUAUUUACAAAAUUGUUCAAUUCUGAAAACCUCCUUAUGCACAGCUCGUGCAUAUAGCUUUAUGUUAUUUUAAUUAUUAGCAAAAUACUACGUUACUUUUAUUACCAA